AUGCGCCAGCGCUUCAAGGAAUCAAAUCUCACGAUAGAAACGCUCUCGGGCCAGUUGAUCACCGUAAGAGCAGCUCUCAGCCAAAUCAACCUGCUGAUUGUCGAAUCUCUCUCGCGAGAUGAACAACACUACCAGCUGACUCUGGACCUCAGCGCCGCAAUUGGCUGCUGCAACCUCCUUCUCCGCCUCCUUGACGAGCAACUUGCCAAACUUCAGUAUAAUGAUACGGAUGAAGUCACAUUUCUCAGCAAAGUUAACCUGAUGCUCGAGAGCAAAGGGACUGAAGACUGCCUUACUCGGCUGGAUCGGCAGAUUAAUGCGCUCAAUUUGCUUGUUACAGCGUUCAAAUGUCGAAACCCAAGAGUGCAACAAGAGUUCCUGCAAGAGACGGAGUCGAGGAGCGUCUUCGAUCAGGUCAGGGAUGAUUCGACCUCCCUGAUAGUCGUGUGCGACUCAGCGUCCAUUGUCACCCAACGCACCAGGACCACGACCGGGACCUCAAGGUUUUCAGCGAACUUCUCCUUUGACGCCGAAAUCCUGCAGGCAAACGCCUACAAGGCCACGCUCCGCUCCUUGAUGCGAAGAGCCCAGAACGACAACUCCCGGGAAAGAUACAGUCAGAACACUCGCAUAAAGUCCCCCGACGGGCCCACGCUUCGGAAACUGCCACGUCGAGUAAAGAUCUCUCGUCCAGAGAAUCUUAUGCAUGUCACACACGUCAGAUAUGACGUGCUAUAUGGCAGAUACACUGUGAGUCGAACUUAA